CACACUAAUCGCCCUCCCCCCAUCAAAAUCCAUCUCCAAGAACUAAUCACCAUGGCUUCCUCAUCAGCCAUUUCACUUGUACUCGUAUCAAUGCUCUUUUCUUCCUCCAUCUCCCAAUUGGCAGCAACCAACUACUACACUCCUCUUGUUAGUAAAGUGAACAUGAAUGUCAUCGACAGUUGUUGGAGAAGCAACUCUAACUGGGCUCAAAACCGAAAGGCAUUAGCCGAUUGCGCCGUUGGUUAUGGUAACGACGCCAUUGGCGGGAAAUUUGGCGCGAUAUACGUCGUCACUGAUCCUUCAGAUAACCCGGUAUACCCAAAACCCGGCACACUCCGGUACGCCGUGGUACAAAUAAAACCAUUGUGGAUUAUUUUUGCGAGAGACAUGGUCAUAACCCUCAAGAAUGAGUUGCUUGUGGCUAGUUUUAAGACCAUUGAUGGGAGAGGGGUAAAAGUGGAAAUUGCAAACGGACCAUGCAUCACGUUGCAAAAUGUUAGUCAUGUUAUUAUUCAUGGUAUUAGCAUCCACGACUGUAAGCCGGGGAACAACGGAAUGGUGGUGACCAACAUUUAUCACACCGGAUACCGGCGUGGGUCCGACGGAGACGGCAUCGAAGUCUUCCAUUCGUCGCAUAUUUGGAUUGACCAUUGCUUUCUUGCCCGAUGCUCUGAUGGGCUUAUAGAUGUGAUCCAUGCUUCCACAGCCAUUACCAUUUCCAACAACUACUUUACCCAGCACGAUAAGGUGAUGUUAUGUGGACACAAUGAUCAGAACAUUGAAGACAAAGUUAUGAAAGUUACCGUCGUCUUCAACCAUUUUGGUCCUGGUCUGGUUCAAAGAAUGCCCAGGGUUAGGCUGGGAUACGCUCAUGUAGCCAACAACAGGUACGAUAAAUGGAUAAUGUAUGGAAUUGGUGGGAGUGCUAAUCCCACAAUUUUCAGUGAAGGCAAUUAUUUCAUGGCUCCUGACUCCGCGUAUAAUAAACAAGUAACAAAGAGAGAGCAAAAUAACAAAGGCUGGAGCAGCUGGAAAUGGAGGUCAUCAAGGGACGUAUUCAUGAACGGAGCAUAUUUUGUUCAAUCGGGAUAUGGGAGCUGUGCCCCUGGUUACACUAGGGCUCAGGCUUUUCCAGUUUCUGAUGGAACCAGGGCGCUUGCUUUAACCCAGGAUGCUGGUCCUUUAACUUGUACCCCAAACAAACCUUGUUAAUCUUUUUAUUUUUAACUUUGACCAUCCACCUAAUUUUCAUUUCAAACUUCUUGCUAAUGAACAUGCAUGUACCACUACGUACAAUAUCCUGUUUUUGUAAUAACCAAUCGACUUGUGGCUGCCUUUCAAUUAAUUUCAGGUGGGUUUCUCUUCUAC